UCAAGGAAGCCGAGGCCGCGAAGGUGGAAGCCGUCGAGAGAGCCCGAGGGGACGCAAUCUCGGGGUUCUUGGCAGGGGGGUGGCGGUCCGAGGAGCACAAGCAAUGGCUGUCCUCGGUCGUCGAGUCCUCGGUCGACGAGUGGUGUGAUGGGCCUGGCGUGGAGUGGGUUUCCCGAAAGGGUAAACAAUACUAUGAUGGGGGCGAGUUUUUCACUCAAGCCCUCAUCUACCGGAGGAUGGCUCGCCACUUGAAGAUCGAGCCAAAGGACUUUGACCCGGCAGCAUACGGGCUCCCCCCUGCAGCCAGACAUCCGCGUUCCUCUUCCCCCCGAUGUCGAGAGGCCAGACCUGGAGGACUCUGAGCUCAUGAAGGAAGCCGAGGGCGACGAACCUGAGGC